AUGGAGGUGGUACAUUCUAUAAACUCCAAUGAUAUCUCUUGUUUACCUUAUAUAACUUCAAUUUAUAUUUCUUCUAUAAGGGCAAUUGGGAUUUCUAGUUCUACUCCUGCAACAGUCCUUAAUUCAUUAACAAUCCAGUUUGAUUCUUAUCCAGCAACUUUAUCUGUAUCAAAUUUUUUAAAUGUUGAAAAAAUCACCUUUAUUGGCAGCAACCUUGAUAUAAUAAGAGGAGAUUCAUCUAAGACCGGUGCAAUAACAUCUUUGACUUGCGAAUCAAAUUCUAUUCCCGAUCUUUCCAAUAUUCAGGUUGAUUCAGUUUCUUUUACUUUGGGAACAAUUCUUAAAACUCAAACUCUUCAAAAUUUUGGUACUUGGAGAUCAGUAUCUUUGGUUACUCUUUGGUCAAAUUAUCUUGGUGGCUAUAGUUUCCCAUAUGGUUUGUUGGAGGUUGGAAGUGGAUUAGUUGAAUUGCACACAAAUUAUAAGUUUUCGCCACUUAGCGGGCAGAUUAGUUUAUCUGGUCUUACUGGUGUUAAAAAAAUUCAAUUUUUAUAUGUAGGAUCAUUUAGUUUAGGAUCAGAUUUCCCAAUUUCUGAUUAUCCUAGUCAAAUGAUAGAUUUUACCCUUUCUGGUGGAACUUUUACAAGUAUUCCCUCCUUUAAUACUUUUACAAACCCCGGUACAAUAUUUUUUUUAGAUAAUAUAAUUACUUCAACAUCUGGCUUACCAUCAUAUAAACCAUUUGCAUCAAAAUCUUUAAAAAUUUCAAAUAACAAUCUUGUUGGAACUAUUGAUGAAUCUUAUUGUUCAGCAGAUAUUUACAAAUUAAAUUUAAGUGGCAAUAAACUUACAGGAACUUUACCAAGUUGUAUUUAUUGUUAUUUGGGUGAUGAAAAAAUAUUCUCAGCUCUGGAAAAUAAUGCCUUUACUAAUUUUGAAAUUCCAGCAACCCCUUGUUUAUCUAUAAAUCCAUUAUUUAAAAUUGAGAAUAGUUCUCAUGUUUCACUAAAAGGAGUAAAUUUGGGUUUCUCUGCCAGUAAUGUAGUAUCUAGACCUCCGCUUCUUUGGAAAUUGAUUACCCCAAGUUCAGAAUAUAGCGCAGAAUACAGUAGUUUUAAUGGUUAUCAAAAAAUUGAAAUUGAUUUUAUCGUACCAGGUAAAACAUGGACAUUUAGUCUUGAUGACAGUGUUCCUCCAUCAAUAAAAACUGUAACAGUAUCAGGCUCAAAAUUGACAAUAAAUGGAGAAUUCUUUACUCAAAACUCUGGUUCAACCUUUGUUUCACUUGAUUCUAUCAGCUGCACUAUCUCCUCACUUUCAUUUGAAUUGAUUGUUUGUGAUCUACCAAGCCCUAUUUCAAGCACUCAUUCACUACUUAAUGUUACAGUUAAUAGUCUUUCAACUUCAGUUUAUAUUAGUACAGAAAAUGGUGUUUAUUUAAAAACUUGUCUUUCCUGCGAAUCCUCUAGAGGUGUAUGUAAUAUUGUUUCCGGUAUAUGCGAGUGUUUCCCUGAAUUCUCUGGCGAAUAUUGUGGUGGCUCUGUAAUCAAAUGUAAAAACGAUUGCAACAAUCAUGGCAGCUGUAAUACUACUAAUGGUCAAUGUCAUUGUGAUUUUCCAUACACAUCUGACGAUUGUUCUCUACAGACCUGCCAACCAGAUCCAGAUUGUGGUGGAGUAGAUAAUGGCCAGUGUAAUCUCAAACAGGGUAAAUGCGAAUGCAAGGAAAAAUGGACUGGUCAAAGCUGUACUUCACCAGCAAUUUAUGCAAGUACUUUUUCAUCAAAUGUAACAGAAAGUGGAGGUACAGUUGAAAUAUCUGGUUGGUUUGGUCCCACUCAAGGUGAUCUUAUAAUUAAGAUAGGUGAUAAUAAGUGCGAUAUUAUUUUCUUUAGCCAAGACUUGGUACUUUGUGAUUUACCAGAAGGAAGUGGUAAGAAAUAUGCAGAAAUGACAACAACAACUAAUAGUGAAGUCUCUUCAUGGAAGAGCCUUGACUAUGUGUUCCAAUAUGCCUCAAAACCACCAACAGAUCUAUGUGUUCCAAAAUGUGUUAAUGGCAAAUGUGUAAAUAAUAAAUGUCAAUGUGAUAAAACUGAAUUUGAAGGUUUGGACUGUUCAUCACCUAUUAAAAAUAAUACCCCACCAACAGGUACUAUAGUCGACAAUAAUGGUACAUCUAUUAUUUACAACGGAAAUACCAAAUACCAAAUCUUUUUAAUCUCGAUUAUAGAGCUUGAUAUCACACAAAAUCCAGUUAAAAACUUCCCAUUAUCAGCCAAUUGGAAAGUAAUAGAAUCAAACCAAGAUACAGGUAGAACAAUUUUUUCACAACUAAUUAAUAACAAUGCUACCCAACUUAAUUUCACUGUUGAAGAAGUUUCUGCUAAAAAUUAUCCAAAUGGUAAAAACUACUCAUUCGCAGGGCAAGACUUUAUAGUUUCACCAAAUUCGUUAAAAAUUCAAUUUUCAAUGUCAAACUACACCUAUUUUAACUCACUAAACACUGUAAAACUUUUAAUGGAAUCAUCAGUCUCGAGUGAAACAAAAGACGAAUGUAAUAAUGGUGAUGCUUCAACAGAUACCCAAGAAACAGAUAAUACACUUAACUAUUUAUCAAUUUCAAAGGAUAAUAAAAAACUUUAUGGCCGUUUCAUUGAUAAAGCUAUUUCGGAUAAUAGAGAAACUUUAAUUUCAACAAAGAUCGAAUCAAAAACAAAUAGCUCUGUAAUUGUGGCAAUUUAUUUACCACACUCAAAGAAUGUAAUUAUAGAUCCAGAUUUUUCUGUUCUAGUUCAACCAUCAUUUGUAGAUUCUUGCAAAAAUUCAAAAAAUAACUGGCUUAUUCCAGUCGUCAUUGUUGUUCCAGUCGUUGCCAUUGCGAUUAUUAUAGUAGUUACAGUAAUAGUCAUUAAAAAGAAUAGAAUGACGAUUAAAUUAAGGUUAAACUCAUUAAAUAGAUCAAUGAGUAUGAAGUCUUUCAAAUCAAAAUCAUAA